GCAGUCCACUUCAGGCACGAGUCAGAUACCCUCUCCCAAUCCUUUGGCCCAUACACUUCUUUGUUUCUUUACUCCUCGCAGCCAUGAGGACGACUGCGGCCGCUGUUGUCAUGGUGAUGUUGUGCAUGAAGAUGGUGCAGGCAAACGUGAAGCCACAGAGAGAUUUCGAUCUGCAGAGAUUUGCAGGGAAGUGGUACCGUGUGGGCCUGGCCUAUGACUCUCCAAGUUUUGUCCCCUACAGAGACAAGGUGAAGGCCUCCAUGGGCAUCAUCACAACGCUGCCUAAUGGCAACGUUAACCUCACAAUGUGGGAUGCCACACCCCUAGGUUGUCAGACUCAGCUGUACCAGUAUGAGAACGCCACCGUCCCUGGACAGUUCACCUACUUCAGCACACGCCACAACAUGGUGAAGGACAUCACAGUGGUGGACACAAACUACACUGAAUAUGCUCUGGUUCUCAAACACAAGGUGUUUAACAUAGAGUAUACACAAGUGGCGCUUUAUGGUCGCUCUCCAAAAGUCAGGAAUGAUGUAAUUCAAAAGUUUAAAGCCUUUGCUUUGUCUCGGGGUCUCUCCAGAGAGUCUGUUUUGACUCCACCUCCUGCAGAAAAUUGCCCCCCAGCAGAUUCUGAACGUUAGGUACACAGAUGUACCUGAGAUGAAGGAAGCAGUGUGUCCCGAUGUGCCACUGCAGCUCCGUUUUCCAGUCCACUUUCUCCAGCAUUUACUAUGAAGUACUGCAAAGAGCUUUCUUUCUGCAAACAUCACCAUUCUGGCUACAAAAAAUGAUAAAUAGCUAAUACAGCUGAUAAAAUGUAUAUGGCAUUUCAUGUCAUUUUCAUAGCUCUGCUGUCUUUACAUUAUUAAAUAAUCAAUAUUACUAUCAGAUUUUA